AUGGCAUUCGGAAAGAAGCCUUAUCCCAAGGCGACAGUAAAGAAGAUUAUCAAGGCUCAUUCGAACCACAAUAUCAAGAAGAAUGCCGAUAUUACUAUCUUCCUUGACUACAUCUUGUUCAUGGAAACUCUUGUCAAAGAAGCGGCGAUCCACUCCAAGCAGUCUGGAGAGCGAGGACUGUCUGCGCGAAGUGUCAAGAAGGUGACGAGGGAUACAUUGAUCAAGUUCAAGGGUUGA